AUGACUAAUGGCCCUGCCGAAGAAAAGCACCUUGCCAUGCUUGAGAAUAUAAAAAACUCCAUCCUGCCAUCAAGAGAAGAGGCUCUGCUGCUGGUCAGAGAGGUUCGGAAGAUCCUCGAGUCGGAGCCAAACAUCCUACAUAUAGACACCCCGGUCAACGUUGUUGGCGAUGUACACGGACACUUCUACGAUGUGCUGAACAUGCUGAGUCUAAUGGAAGACCCAUCAGAAAAGCCAUAUCUAUUUCUUGGAGACUACGUUGACAGAGGAUACAACUCUGUCGACCUUAUUCUCCUCCUGUUUGCAUACAAAAGACUCUAUAAAAACAAUCUGUAUCUUUUAAGAGGGAAUCAUGAAACACGCAUGCUCUCCUCGGUUUACGGAUUCAAGGAGGAGUGUGUUCGUAAGUACGAUCUUAUUGUGUACUGGAGGAUCUGUGAGGCCUUCCAGUAUCUCCCUGUUGCAGCAAUAGUCCUGGGAAAAUACUUCUGUGUGCACGGCGGGCUAAUUCCUGGAAUGUCCUCAGACUUCAUAAUGAACCAUGAUAGGGUGGGGGAGGUCACGGAGAUAAACGAUAUUUUGUGGAGUGAUCCAGAUGAAACUCCUGGGUUUCAGAAAAGCCAAAGAGGUGCUGGAUAUUUAUUUGGCGAAGACGUCCUGAAAAAGUUUCUUGAUGAACACGGUAUGCUCUGUUUUGUACGAUCUCAUCAGCUGGUUAGUGAUGGCUAUAAAGCAUACUUCGGCGAGAGGCUGUACACUGUGUGGGGAGCCCCGAACUACUGCUAUUCUUCUGGUAAUAUUGCCUGUGUUAUGGCUAUUGAUGAGAGCGGCCAUGAUUUUAGAUUGUUUGAUAGAUGCGAAGAGCAAUUCAAAGAAGUCCCGAUGAGAUGCGAUUUCUUUGGUGGAUGA